GUUAGCAUUGCCGCACGUUCUUGCCGCUGACUUCAGCGCGUGUAUUUGGUUUACUGCAGUUUACGAUAAGAGGUGGAGGAGACGAGCGAGCGAGCGGUUUGGGACUUUCGGUAGUGCGUGUCGGUGCGUAAAAUGCGAUCUGGUAAACGCGACGGUCAACGACUGUGUUAGUCUCCUUCGGCCACACGAUAAGUGACUCGAGAAGCGGCGGAAGGCAACGGCGUACACGGACGAAAGAGAGGGAGAGAGAGAGCAUGCGACCGCGCCUCUGCGACGUUACUCGGUGUGUCGAUGAGGAUGGGAAGUGCUCCGACGACGACGACGACGAGGGACGCCAGUGAGAAGCGCGAGAUAACGUCGCUGCGGUACGUGCGGUGCAUCAUCAUCGCCUAGGAAUGCUAUCGCCGUCCAAGCAGCAGUCCCAGCAGCAACCGAGAGAUAGAAAGCCGUCGAGAGAGUACAGGUCCGAUCAGCGAGCGUCACAUGUGCGUAUAAAAAAGGGCCAAAAACCUUUGGAAAAGAAGUCAUUCUAUUUGGACAUAAAGAACCAUGCGAUUGCGACCAAGUUAGAGGCGAAGAUCAAGGAGUUGGGCGGAGCGAUUGAGGUGUUCCUAGUGCGCAGUGUGAGUCUUGUGGUCAGCGAUAGGGUGGACAAAGCGGGCUAUACGAAUUCCGAGAGGCAUAAAUGGAUUUGCGCCAGCGGAGGCAGCGGGGGACCACGCUCGCUCAGAAGCGUAGAAGUCACGACGCCCACACCCCCGACGCCGCUCCUUAGCUCCGAAUGCCCCUCGUCCAACUCUGCCAAUCUACGGGGUCAAACUACCCAGAGAUCUAAAUCGCGGGUGGAUGCAAUGUUGGAACGUGCUCUGACGCAGCCGCAACAGUGUUCCGUGGAUCUAUUAGACAACGCCCAGAAUUGGGGUAUUCCUAUCUGGUCGACGGAUAAACUUCAGACCUGGCUCGAAAAGAUCUAUGCGUCUUUCCACGAGAAAUAUAACCUGAAGCACCUGAAGCAAGUCAACCAGCCGGAGAGAGACUUGAAGGUCAAGCAUCUGAAAGGGUCGUACGUGAAAUUCGAGUCCUCUCGCAGGAAUUCCAGGCCCGUGUUCCUGGAAUUACCAGCGUGGCCGACGCUAAAUUUCGACGGCGAUCCAGGCUCGUGUCCUUUUGACACGAAGAGGCAGGAAAAACAAACGAGCAAGUUAAUCGGCAAAGAGGUCAAGGAGAACAAGAAAAAUAUUGAAUAUAUACAUAAGGAGGAGCAGAGUAAAGAAAUGACUCGGAGACCCCGCGCCACUGCCGCACGUGCUCGUAGAACGGAACAGUUGGUCUCUGGUUACUGCGAAAUUUGUAGUACUCAUUAUGACGAUCUGACGAAGCACGUGCAAACUGAGCAACAUGUAAACUUCGCGCGGAACGACGCCAAUUUUUUGUCGUUGGACAGGUUGAUCAACGCAGGCGCUAAUGUGGAAGCGUUCCUGAAACUGAACGGAACGAAGGAUAUCGAGAAAGACUGCAACUUGUUCCCCAAUGAAGAUAACAAUCUCCACAAUGUACUGCCCGUGGAAAAGGUAACAAUCAAAAACACCAAAACAUUAAGUAAUUUUAGUGUUGACGAGAUAAAAAUGGUGCAGUGUAAUGGUGCGCGCAGAAACCUUGAUCUAAAGUUAAGCUCGCCGCACAAUCUGCGCGCUCGCGCGAAACACGAGAGCGGCCACCUGCUGAGGUCCAAGGGCAGCCCGUGGCACGAGGUCGACAAGAGUGAGAAGUUCUACGACAAGUUGGAGGGCUAUACCAUCAAGAAACGUUCCAAGGGCACUAUCUGGAUCGAGGAGGAGGACCCGGAGGACAUUCUGAAGGAGUCCAAGCAGGAGGACUACAAAAUCAAGCCGUUCCCGAAGGACCUAAACGAGAUGUAUCGCGAUGGUAACAAGGAAGAAGACACCAUCAAUCCGCCGAAUCUGCAACAGCAAACGGUCGUUCAAAACUGUAUCGUAAAUUCGCGUCACAUAUCGUCGGAGGGCUAUCUAGCAAAGAGCAAGCGCAACAACGGUGACGAGAACUCGGGUCCCUUCGAGUGCGCGGUAAACGAGAACGACGCGGUCGAGAAUAACUUCAUCGUGAAUAUAUCCAAGUUGCGCAAUGACGAUUCUUUCCAUAGAGAGUGUCGCGCGUUGCAGACGGUGGACGCGAGAAAGUUCUCGGACGAUAUCGUGUGCAACGGUCACACCGACAACGCCGCGAAGCCGUCGUUGCGAGGGGAGGUCCCCAAGCAUCAUCCGCGAAUCAACCGGAGGGGCGGCAGGAACAUCAGAGGACGACACCGGCUGUCGGUGGAGGAGCGUCUGAUCGAGGACAAUCGCGCGUACUACAAGGUCGAGGUGUUGGGGAACAAAUUGCGGUCGAGCGCGACGCCAGGCGGCGGCAAUCACGCGGCGUCCAGGGGCGACGACGAGGACGACGACGUGGAGGAGGAAGAGGAGGAGGAAGGGGAGGAGGAGAAGAAGAAGAAGGAGACGCCGUCCAGUGAGAAGCCGGUGGUCGUGCGAUUCAAGCGCGUGAGGAAGUCGGAACUGUCGCUGCUGAGCGACGAGGCGGAGUCCUUCAUGUUCGGCGAGCCGAAGCGGGACGACUCCAGCGACGUGAGUUGCAGCGAGCAGCAGAGCAGCGUGCUGCCGAGGGAUACCGAGAGCAGCGAGACGUCGCCGAGCUCGCCGCUGAUCUCCAGCUCGCCGUUGAAGCAGGAGGUCGUCGAGGAGGACUCGCAGGACUCGGUGCAUCUCGGCCGUGCGAGAAAGAGAAGACGCACGCAGGCCGAGGCGUUCAUCAAGGACAACACCGACUACUACAAGUUCGAGACGCCGGGCAGCAGACUGAGGUAUCAGGCUCCGUUGACCGGCAUCAAGGACGAACGCGCGAAGAAAUCGCCGGAGGCCGGCGGACCGUACGACGACGACGUCGAGCAGAUUUAUCCGUCCAAGCCGUCGGCGGAGAUCGAGAAGAUGCAGUUCUCCUUCGAGGCGAUACCGCAAUCGGAGCCGUGGUAUCAGACGUAUCAGCGUCAGGACGCGGGCGCGGAGUACUGGCACUGCUUCAGCGAGAACGACUCCAUGAAGCCGUUCCUCCUGCCGUACGAGAUCGAGAACUUCUCCGAGACGAUGCUGAAGAACCUCAACAGCCGGAUCGAGAGCAAGAAGAGAGGACGCGGACGCGGCGUGGGCUGCGUCGGUCGCUCGCCGCGGAAGAGCCCGCGCUGCCACGCCUCCACCCUGGCCAUCAUGUCCACCAUCAUUCGCAAGAGGGAGCAGCAGCAGCCGGCCCUGUACACGAUCGAGGCGUCGCCGGUCGCCAGGUCGCGCACCGACGCAGCACCGCCCCGGCCGAAGAGGAACCGAAGCUCGGAGGUCGACGAGGAGCUGAAGGAGAUGGCGCGAACGAUCGACGAGAUGCUGAGCGGGAAGGGCAUGACGGAGCUGGACGUGUCGUUCGAGCCGGCCGACGAGCAGACCGACUUCUACGAGUCGAGCGCGCCGAAGGGCGCGCCGCCGAAUCUGCUCGAGUUGCUCGACAACUGUCACGAGGUCGUCAACUGCCUGGAGAACUCGUCGUGCGCCAGCUCGGAGUGCGGCGAGGGCAACCCGGAGUGCCCGCUGAAGCGGCGGAAACGGCGGAAAAACCGGACCGGUUGGCCGGACAACAAGCUGAAGAGGAAACUGCAGAGCAACAAGGACGCCGCGUACUGCAAAACGGACAAGAGGCUCCUCUUCUCGGACAAUGGACUCGGCAGCUCGACCGAGCGACGCGCGUCGGAGGGGACGGAACGGCUCGCUGCGAAGGGCGUCUCCGUCGCGUCUCACAAGAGCAUGGAGACGACCAACGACACGGGGCUGCCGGCGAGCACGGACAACAGCUACGCUACGGAGUUGUCGGUCUCGGAGAACACGAUGUGCAACGACGUCGCGACGACGGAGCCCAGGAAAGUCCUUCCGUACAGGAAGGAGCUGUCGGAGAUCGAGGAAAUAUCCGAGAACGAUCCGGGCAACGACGAGAACCAGCUCGCCAACAACGCGAAGCCGGCGGCCGUGAGGAAGCGCGGCCAACGCGAGCACCACACCGCCGCGUCGGAGCUGGCGUGCACGGAACUGCGCGCGGAGAACGAGAAUCACGACAAUCUGUGCAGGAAAGACGAGUCCGGUAUGGUAGUUCCUAGGAAGCACCACGAGCUGUCGCCGAAGCGGCGCGAGAACACAGACGGCACGGCGGAGAUGUUGGAGGAGCGUCGUCACCACAGCCUGUGCAAGCGCAGACGCGUGGCCUCGCGGAAGCGCAUCUACUCGAGGAAGCGGCAAUCGAGGCCACCGGCCGCCGCGAAUCUCUCGUCGUCCGACGUCGCGGCGGCGGUCUACGAGGACGAGAAUUGUAAAAAGGAUUCCUACCUGAGUAUUACGUGUAACAAUAAGAAGCCGCCGCGCGCCGGGGUGAAGCGCAAGAGCGAGGCGGUCUCGUCGGAGUCCGACGUCGACUGCGGCGGCCCGCUGUCGGAGCGCGUCAGCCCCCCGGAGCCGCCGGUCGAGCUGGGCCAGCGUCGGUCGAGCAUCGAUUUCCAGCCGGUCGUGCGAAUGAUGAAGCUCGACGACCAGGUGGACAUUGAUCACAGCAGUAUUCUGUCGGUGACGGUGGCGAGUAACAGGCGGCUCAGAAGUUCCGGCGCGUCGUCGCGCUCGAGCGCGGCCAAGCCGGCGAAGAAGCGCCUCAAGUCGUCCGGCCGUGGUCAGUUCGGACGGUGGCUGAAGAACAGCUGAAGACCCGAAGGACGAUCGAGUGGGGAACUGUACCUCGGCCGGACGACGACGACGAUCCGUCGCCGCUCUGGUGUACAUUUGUGUAUAAAAAUAUUAUUUGUGUACGUAGAAUAGUAUUUAACAUCGCUGACACACACGACAGAAUUCUAUCUCUUUAGUGAUACCGUUCUUCUCUCCCGGUGAUUACUUUUAACACGCUGCCGGUAUCCUCCCCUCCGUCACUUUGUACAUUCGUUAAAUGCGGUCCUUGUGUUCUCGGACGCGUUUCAAAUUACUUUCUUUCUACUCGAUUUAUCGUUGUGCCCUCUUUCUGUCUCUUCUUUUUUAGUUUACCGCGCAUUAAACGAAAACUGUGUACCAUUUCGGAGAUACAACAGAAUCGUUUCGUUCGUAUCCUGAUGUAUGUUGAAGAUUGUUUCUAUGUAGGGUGUUUUAUGUUUUAUAGAGUACGCAAGACUGCAUACACAGCUUUAUGACAGUGUAAUCA